CGCGGAGCUAUGACGCAGCACGUUGCGCCAGGAGCGUGCUGGCGCUCCUCAGCUUGGUCAAGAGUGGGCCCGCACCUGGUGGCCUGAGAUUCUUUCUGCAGCUAAGGAAGAUUUCCCAGACCGAGAGGCCCCUAAACACAUAUGGGACUGGGUCCGCGCUCCCCCCACAAGGCGGGGCGCCAGUUCCCAAUUGGCGGCAAACGGGGACGCGGAGCAAAAGGGUCGGGGCGGCCCCCACGAGGCCGCGAGCAGCAUCCCCGGCCGCCUGCAGACAGGGGAUCAGAACGGACUCAAGAUGCUCACCCGCACCUGAGCCCCGAAACUUUGGGGUAUUUCCGACAAGCGCUGUCAGCGCUGAAAGAGGCUCCAGAAGCCGGGGAAGAACGAGAGCUGAUGGUGCACAAUGUUUUGAAAGAGGUGGAGGCUCAGGCUCUAGCCUUGGCUACGAACAGGACUGGCAGUGAGAUGCUGCAGGAACUUUUGGGGUUUAGUCCUUUGAAACCGUUGUGUAGAAUAUGGGCUGCCCUGCGCUCCAACUUGCGCUUUGUGGCCUGUCAUCGGUGCGGGGUCCAUGUACUGCAAAGUACUUUGCUGCAGCUGCCUCGAUUGCUGAGGAAUACUGCAGAGGAGGAGGAGAAGGAGGAGGAGGAGGAGGAGGAGAAUGGGAAAGAUGGUUCCUUGGAGACCCUGGAGGAGCUGGUCCUGGGACUAGCCUCUGAGGUUUGUGAUGAUUUUCUUUUCUACUGCGGAGACACACAUGGAAGCUUCUUGGUCAGAACUCUGCUGCAGGUGUUAGGAGGGACUCUUCUGGAGUCUGAGAGAGCCAGGCCUGGUGGCUCCAAAUCUUCUGAAACCCAAAGGGUCAUAGCUCGGGAAUGUAAGCCAACUGAUUUUGAGGUCCCUGAAGCCUUCUUGAAUUGCCUUCAGAAUCUGAGCUCCUGCUUUUUGAAGGACAUUGCUGUGUUUAUCACUGACAAGAUCUCCAGCUUCUGCCUUCAAGUGGCCUUACAAGUCUUACACCGCAAACUGCCCCAGUUUUGUGCCUAUUUGUGCAAUGCUGUGAUUGGCUACCUGAGUACUCGUAGUUCCUCAGCAGCUGGCAGCCCCCUAUUGCUAUUUCUUCGGGAUCAAACUAGCUCCAGACUCCUGGAACAGGUGCUGUUGGUGUUGGAGCCUCCGAGGCUCCAGAGCCUCUUUGAGGAUCACUUCCAGGGACAGCUGCAGAUCUUGGCUGCACAUCCCAUUGCUAACUUCCCUUUGCAGCGCUUUCUGGAUUCAAUCAGUACCCCUGAGCUGCUGUCUCCUGUGUUUGAGGAACUGAGUCCUGCCUUGGAAGCUGUACUGGCCCAGGGCCACCCAGGGGUAGUCAUUGCCCUGGUGGGGGCCUGCCGCAGAGUUGGAGCUUACCAAGCCCAGGUCUUGCAGCUAUUGUUGGAGGCAUUCCACUGUGCAGAGCCCUCAUCCCGGCAAGUGGCCUGUGUGCCUCUCUUUGCCACUUUGACGGCUUAUGAGGUGUACUAUGAACUAACGGAAGAGGAGGGGGUAGUGCCUGCAGAGCACCAGGUAGAAAUAGCCACAGCCAGGACCCUGGGAGAAGUGACAGUGCUUGGGUCUCUACUGCUUCAGCAUCUGCUGCACUUCUCUGCUCCUGGUCUUAUACUACGAAGUCUGGGUUCCUUGACAGGACCACAACUUUUGGCUCUGGCCCAAAGCCCUGCUGGCUCUCACAUACUUGAUGCCAUUCUGUCCAGCCCCUCUGUGACACACAAACAGCGCCGCCGUGUGCUGCAGGCCCUCAAGGGACAAUACGUGUCUCUGGCCUGUAGUCGCCAUGGCAGCCGUGUCCUAGAUGCCAUCUGGAAUGGAGCAGCUUUGAGGACCCGAAAGGAAAUUGCUGCUGAACUGGGUGAGCAGAACCAGGAGCUGAUAAGAGACCCUUUUGGCCACCAUGUGGCUCGGAAUGUGGCCCUGACUACCUUCCUGAAGCGGCGAGAAGCUUGGGAACAGCAGCAGAGUGCAAUGGCCAAGCGAAGGCGGGCAUUGAACUCAGUACUUGAAGACUGAGGCCUUGGAGUCUGGAACUGGGUGUUAAUGGGGAGGGUGAAAGGAGUACCUACUGUCUCCCUUUCCUGGUUUAACUUGGAGUCAAAAGUCUUCUUGGUAAACAUUUUUAUAUUUUUACUGGAAA